GGCGCAGUGGCGGCGUGCUGCUGGUUUUGUUGAUGUUGUGCUGGAGUUCAUUGUUUUUGAGCUGAGGGAAGAUCACGUUUCUCUGUCCGGUUUCCACGGCGCUGGGAACUCACACCCGGGUCCUCCAUGAGGGGCUGAUGGAAAAGGCUAAGGAGCUGGCUGACCUUUCUUCACACUGUGUGCGGAAAAGACGGGACUCAUUCGGAAUGUUUGACGGGUAUGAUAGCUGCAGUGAGGACACCAGCAGCAGCUCCAGCUCCGACGAGAGUGAAGAGGAGGUGGCCCCACUACAGUCCAGUCUCCCUAUUAUUAAGAACAAUGGGCAGGUGUACACUUAUCCAGAUGGCAAAUCUGGCAUGGCUACAUGUGAAAUGUGUGGAAUGGUCGGGGUCCGAGACGCUUUCUACUCUAAAACAAAGAGGUUCUGCAGUGUCUCAUGCUCGCGAAGUUAUUCUUCAAAUUCCAAGAAGGCGGGCCUCCUGGCAAGACUACAGGGUAAACCUCCCAAUAAAAAGGCAAAGGUUCUCCAAAAACAGCCAUUAGUUGCUAAGUUGGCAGCUUAUGCACAAUAUCAAGCUACCUUGAAGAAUCAGUCAUUAAAUAAAACUGCCAUCCCAGCAGAGGGUUUCACCUGGGGCACCUACAUCACUAGACAAAACCUGGUGGCUGCUCCAGUGACUUGCUUCAAACACGCACCGAUGGGGACUUGUUGGGGCGACAUCUCAGAAGGUGUACGAGUAGAAGUUCUCAACACCGACAACAGUCUGUCUCAGAAAGUCUUCUGGAUUGCGGUCAUUGUGAAAUUAGCAGGCUACAAUGCCCUGCUGAGGUAUGAAGGCUUUGAAAAUGAUGUCAGCCUGGACUUCUGGUGUAACAUCUGCAGUAGUGAUGUCCAUCCAGUGGGUUGGUGUGCAAGCAGCGGAAAGCCCCUUGUCCCUCCACAAACCAUACAACACAAAUACACAAAUUGGAAAGCUUUUUUAGUCAAAAGACUGACUGGUGCCAAGACCCUCCCUCCAGAUUUUGCGCAGAAGGUGUCGGGUAGUAUGCAGUAUCCUUUCAAGCCUUUAAUGAGGGUAGAAGUAGUGGAUAAAACGCACCUUUGCCGGACGCGGGUUGCUAUUGUAGACACGGUCAUUGGAGGCAGACUACGACUGGUGUAUGAAGAAAGUGAAGACAAAACGGAUGAUUUCUGGUGUCAUAUGUACAGCCCCCUCAUUCAUCAGAUUGGUUGGUCUCGAAGUAUAGGUCAUCGCUUUAAGAGAUCAGAUAUACUAAAGAAACAGGAAUCUCAUUAUGAUGCCCCUGCCCAUUUAUUUGCAAAGGUCAAAGAUGUUGACCAGAGCUCUGAAUGGUUCAAGGAAGGGAUGAAACUGGAAGCUAUUGAUCCACUAAAUCUUUCUGCAAUAUGUGUAGCAACCAUUAGAAAGGUUUUGGCGGAGGGCUAUCUAAUGAUUGGAAUUGAUGGCUCCGAAGCAGCAGAUGGCUCAGACUGGUUUUGUUACCAUGCUUUAUCCCCCUCAAUAUUCCCUGUUGGUUUCUGUGAAAUUAACAAGAUUGAACUAACUCCACCACGAGGCUACGCAAAACUACCUUUCAAAUGGUUUGACUACCUCAGGGAAAGUGGAUCCAUAGCUGCUCCUGUAAAGCUCUUUAACAAGGAAGUCCCCAAUCAUGGCUUCCGUGUUGGAAUGAAGCUUGAAGCCGUAGAUCUCAUGGAACCCCGGUUAGUGUGUGUUGCUACAGUCACACGCAUUAUACACAGACUACUAAGGAUCCAUUUUGAUGGCUGGGAAGACGAGUAUGAUCAGUGGGUAGACUGUGAAUCCCCUGACCUCUAUCCUGUUGGCUGGUGUCAAUUAACAGGAUACCAACUACAACCUCCAGCACCACAAGCAACAAAAGACAACCAGACCACUGUAUCCAAACAGAAGAAGAAGUCCAAGUCUCAGCAGUACAAAGGACACAAAAAAAUACCAACGCUGCAGCUAAAGGAGGAGUUUCUUGACGGAGAAGACUAUUCGUUUCUCCACGGAGCUUCAGAUCAGGAAAGUAAUGGAUCUGGCAGCUAUUACAUUAAACAGGAACCUUGAUGCAAAUUGAAUGAUUCUUAACAAUAAUUUAAGAAUGUUUUCAUAUAAAGGAAAAUACAAAAAAAACUAUUUGAAAAUAAAACACAAACGGACUCAUGUGCAGGGACACUCUGUGAAGUGACAAAGAAAAUAUUUUGGUGAAGAAAAAAAAAAAAAGAUUUUACAAUUUAUGAAAUAACGUUAACAAUUUUGUGUUGUAUUUGAAGUUUUUGAAAAGAAAUUUAAUAUUUUCAAAUUU